AUGCCGUCCCAGCCCCCGCCGGGCUCCACCGGCGGAAGCCCCCGGAUCCAGGCGUCAGGCUCCACCGGCAGAAGCCCCCGGAUCCCGGCGGAGCUCUCCGCCCAGGCCGUCCGCCGCGUAGUGGAUUUUUUCAAAAUAAAUGAAAAACUCCGCCCAGUCACAGGCGCAGCCGUCUCCUCUCCCUUCUUGCCCCGCGCCGCCGCCACUCCGCCGCUCGCGGGAAUGCUGUCCCAGCCCGCGCCGGACUCCACCGGCGGAAGCCCCAGGACCCCGGCACCGGGCUCCACCGGCGGAAUCCCCCGGAUCCCGGAGCUCUCCGCCCAGGCCGUCCACCGCAUCGCGCGGAAAUGCACUACACUCGUCGAUUGGUGUCUGGAGAGAGUGGAGGGCGGGGAGGGCAAGAUCCGCGUCGCUGGAACCACCUUCACCCCGCAAAUGGGCGAGCAAAUGAGGAAAGGAGCAUCGUCCUCAAAGGGAAACAUGAAAGUGGCAGGCCGAGUGUUCAGAUCUUCUGCCAUUGUGAAGCGCCAUGCUUAUCUCACAAUUGAGUCCGAGGAUGGUUACCAGAUACGGAUAGGCGGCCCCUUGAAUAUUCCCAAAACACGUGAGAAUGGAUUUUCUGAAGAGGUGUGCGAAUCCUUUGGGAUUGGCUUUCCAAUUCUAUGGCAAAGGCUUGUUAAUCCAAAGAUGGUGCCGGAUAAUGAACAUGCACGAUCAUCAUCAGAAACUACUACUGGUCCACCAAGUCCUUCAGUUGAAGAUUACAUGGCAUACUUCUUAAGUGACAGCUUUAGCAGUAAAAUCACAUAUGAUUAUGAUUUAACAGAGAAUGAUUUCUACUCAUCCGUAGGGUAUAGUGGCAACACAGAUGGACUUACUACCCAAAGCCCUUCGAACUUACCGGAUGAUAAUGCAGGAAACAUAACUGCAUCUUUGGGAUUAUAUGGCCUCAGAAUGGGUGUGCCUGAGAAACCUUUGGCACCACCUGGAGAAGCAUGUAAUAGUGGCCAAGAAAGUUAUCAGCAUGAAAGUACGCAGAUAGAUGCAAGUAAACCGGAGAUAGUUAAUCGCUCCAUCAGCUCUGUUUCAGUUAGGCAAAGUACAGGUUCCAUCAGCUCCAACUCAAAAGUAGAUGGCAACAUAUUGGCACCAUCCAAAAUUUCGUCAGUUGUGAAUGAAGGUUACAGGAGCACAGUAGGUUGUGGUCAGGCUGACGAAGAUGCUGAUAUUCAGCAAGAGAAUAUGCACAGCUGUUCAAGUGAGCAUGGAAUGGUUGCUCCUCCCCUUGACUGUACGUUCUCUCAACUAGGAGAACCAGGAAUUCCAAAAUCUGGGAAAGAUUCAGUGAACAUUGGGACUACAGAUGCAUUAGAACUACCAACUGAAGGGAUGACUCCAAAGUUUGGAGCUAUUCGAGGCUUGGAAGACAGUACUGGCAGGAGAUUACGAAGUGGCAAAGUUCUUGAAAUGCCUAGUGUUGGACCAAUGAAGAGGGGCCACAAGCAGAAAAAGAUCCAGCAAGAAUCAUCGAGUAAACAAAUGGUUAAUCAAGGAGCUACAUCCAAUGCAGAUCUGACUUCUCAUGAAAAUGUAGGUUGA